AUGACAGCAAACCGCCCUUCAAACGUUCUUCCCAACGCCAUGCCAUGGCCCAUCUUUGAAAAGCUCAGGGACAAGCGCGUUGUCCUCGCCUCGUCCAGUCCACGGAGAAAGGACAUUCUGGAGAACGUCGGCUUCCGUCCUGAGAUCAUUGCUUCCACGUUUGAUGAGAAGCUUCCCAAGGGAAUGUUUGAAGAACGUCUGGCCGACUAUCCCGUCGCCACCGCUGGGGAGAAGGCUAUGGAGGUGUACGAGCGCCUGAUGAAGGAGAACGACGCCGACCCUGCCGACAUUGUCAUUAGCGCCGACACGGUCGUCAUCUUCCCUCCUGAGAACGAGACGCACCGCGAGGGCCGCGAGCUGGCUGUUGACGCCAAGCGAGGCGCCGAGCGUUCGGAGAUCCUCGAGAAGCCUGCCAACAAGGAGGAGCAAGCGAGGCUGUUGGGUCUGAUGUCCGGACGUAGUUGCGAGGUUGUCACUGCUGUGUGCAUUGUCCACCCCACUGUCGAGGCGCCAGGAUUCAAGCUGCAGUCCAUCUCGUGCACCACCACUGUGCACUUUUUCGAGAACACAAAAGAGACGAUACAGGCGUACGUCGACCACGGAGAGGGCAGCGACCGUGCAGGUGGCUUUGCCAUUCAGGGUCUCGGAGGCCUCCUCAUCGACCGUAUCGAUGGCAGCUACGACAACACUGUCGGUUCUGGAAGUGGAUGA